CGUCAUGUGAUUUACACGUGCUGCAAAGGUACAGAAGUAACCAAAACUGUUUAUAGAAAAAGAAAGGGAGAGAACCCUCGUCAAAAUUCAGAAGUAAUUCUAUCUUCAUUUCUUCUGCAGAGCCACCUGAUUUUGAAGAUUAAGUCCUGAUUAUGGCAUUGAACAACGGUCUCAGAUCUGCCUCGAAGCUAUUAUCAGCUUCUCAGUCGGUAUUAUCCAAGUCAGCAAAUAGAGGCCUUCACUCCACAGGAGUGAAGAGGAUGGGGGGAGGUCAUGGAAGUCAUGCACAUAAUGAUGCUGAAUACUAUCUUCAUGCAAAGCACAUGUACAACUUGGACAGGAUGAAAUACCAGAAAAUCAAAAUGCCUCUUGCUGUCUUCACUGCCUUCAGUAUUGGUGUCGCUGUUCCAAUCUACGCUGUCAUUUUCCAGCAGAGAAAGACUGCUUCUGGCUGAUUCGUGAUACACAAAGCUUUGAUGCAAUAAGAGAAACAAGUUUGGAUUUGGAUUCGGUUUUCCUAAGUCGGGUUGUUUUGGUUAUUCUUUUUCAGCUAGUCUUCAAUGUUUAUUGUUGGCAAACAGGAACACUUGUUAUCUUAGAGUAAUAAAAAUUACAGCAGUGAACCGUGGAUUCUGAUACUUUCUUUAAUUUGCUAAACGUGUUGCUUUGGAAUGAAAUGUGAAGUUGGUUUUAAUUCUUGUAA